AUCGUUCACCGGAUUAAGUUGUACACCCACAAUAAGUGAAACCGGUACCAGUAUGAAGAGGUUUGUAAUUCUGUCCAUGGCUAUUGCCAUUGCACUGGGCGCGGCUAUCGAUAAACCACAGAAGGAAGUGGACGUCAAACAGGACGAUGCCGUUGUGGCGGAAUCAAGAGUACACGAAAAACAUAGUGAUCACCGUUAUUCUCAUGAACAUCGCAUGGGAAGCGAUUAUAAACCGUAUUAUGGGCACAGUUCCGAUGAAAGUCAAGAGGAACAGGUUUAUUUCUACCCGGCUCCUAAGACGAACAGUUGGAAGAACAGCAAGACUGGUUAUCUUAUGACGAAAGUUCCAUACAAAGUUGAAAUUGAGAAACAUACCAUCAUUGAAAAGAAGGUACCAGUGCAUGUAGAUCGUCCAGUUCCUUACGCAGUUACAGUUGAACGGGAGGUUCCAAUUUAUGUCGAAAAACGAGUCCCUGUUCGUGUUGAUCGCCCGGUUCCAUAUGCAGUGAAAGUCCCAUACCCAGUCGAGGUUGAGAAGCAAACCCCAGUGUACGUUGAGAAAAGGGUCAACGUUGAUCGUCCAGUUCCAUACCGCGUCGAAGUGGAGAAGAAAGUUCCAGUCGUCGUAGAAAAAAAGAUCCCAGUGCACGUCGACCGUAUCGUAGCCGUUCCAGUGGAGGUGGAAGUCCCAGUACUCCACAAGGUUCAACUUGAAGUCGCCAAGCCAUCUACUGUCCCGAAACCUUAUCCGGUGUACAUCGAAAAGGAAAUUGUCAAACAUGUCGAGCGGCCGGUGCGUGUAGAAGUGGAGAAGAAGGUUCCAGUUCCAGUUGUUCACCGGGUCGAAGUUCCGAAGCCAUAUGCCAUCUACGUGCAACGACCGGUUCUUGCUGAAAAGCAGCAACACGAUGACCAUCAUCAUCAGCAGAGUGAACAUGAACACAAAGCUGAACCCGUUUCACUAAAAGUAACCGGAUACGUGUCGGAGCCGCUUCACCAUGAUAAGCAUGAUGAGGAAUCCCAUCACCAACGUAAAGAACAACAAGAGCAUCACGCUCAUCAUGUCGCUGAACACUUAGUUCAGCACAAGGAUGAGCACGAUGCUAGCGAAGAAUAUCAUCAUCGUCAUCAGAAUCAACACCAUCAGCAUCAUGAUCGUUACGAACACCAGCAAGCAGCAAAUCAUCAUCACGAUGCCCACCAUCAACACAACGAUCAUCAUCACAUCCCCCAAAACAAGCGUGAGUCUAAACAGUGAGACGAUUGAUUCGUUAAAUUAGAACAAUCGAACCUAUAACUACUUCUCUAGUCUAUAACUCUGUGCUCGGGCGGCCCGGAUGUUUGGCACAGAAUGAUCCUGUUAAAUCUAAAUGUUGU